GCGAGAGAGAGAGAGAGAGAGAGGAGUUGGUACUUGGUAGUGAAGGAAAGAAACCAACGGCACACAUAUAAACACAAAAGAGAGAAGAAGGCUUCUUCACACCAAGCAAGAAGAAAGAAGUAUAGAAAGCCACAAAAGGAAGGGAAAGAAUUUCAUGUCAGUUUUCUUUUGCUUAGCUUAGCUUAGCUUUGCCCUUCUUCUGCAGAGAGAAACAAAAAAAAAAAAAAAAAAAAACAAAUAACAAAAAGGAAUUAAGGUCUUAGAGAGGGGAAAGAGAAGAUCGAAAUGGGGAGAGGUAGGGUUGAGCUGAAGAGGAUUGAGAACAAGAUCAACAGGCAAGUAACCUUUGCAAAGAGAAGGAAUGGACUUUUGAAGAAAGCCUACGAGCUUUCUGUUCUUUGCGAUGCUGAAGUUGCCCUCAUCAUCUUCUCCAAUCGUGGCAAGCUCUAUGAGUUUUGCAGUAGCUCAAGGUUAUCAAUCGAGGAAGAAAUUCAGAACAUUUUGGCUGCGGUCUGCUUGAUCUUUCUUUUCCUUCUGUUCUUUCUUCCGGUUUUUUAUGGCGGAAGUUCUUCUAUAUUUCCGUCGGAUCUCGAGUAGCUUCCUUGUGGGCGCCGGCGGUAAAAUUAAACCCUUCUCCACACGCAAGCGCGGCAGAGAUGGGACUGUUUUAGGGUUUUCAAGCAUGCUCAAAACCUUGGAGAGGUACCAGAAAUGUAAUUAUGGAGCACCAGAAUCCACUGUCUCAGCUAGGGAAGCCCUGGAGAUAAGCAGUCAGCAGGAGUAUCUGAAGCUUAAAGCCCGCUAUGAGGCGCUGCAAAGGUCUCAAAGGAACUUGCUCGGAGAAGACCUAGGGCCUCUAAGCACUAAGGAACUCGAGUCACUUGAAAGGCAGCUUGACAUGUCACUGAAGCAGAUCAGAUCUACAAGAACCCAGUACAUGUUGGACCAGCUCACUGAUUUACAGCGCAAGGAACACUUGCUGAAUGAGGCAAAUAAGACCCUGAAACAAAGGCUGAUGGAAGGGUACCAAAUAAGCAACACGCUGCAGUUGAACCCUGGUCCAGAAGACUAUGGCAGACACCAAGCCCAUCAUCAGCCGCAGGGUGAUGGCUUCUUUCAUCCCUUGGACUGCGAACCCACUUUACAGAUUGGAUAUCAGCCAGAUCCAACACUAACGGAUUUGACAGUAGCAACGGCCGGUCCCAGUGUGAAUAACUACAUGCCAGGAUGGCUGCCAUGACCUGUGCUGUGGCCCAACACUUCCAUCUGCUACAAUGCAUGGAAACGUCAUAAUAUUGCAGCAUAAGAAGCUUCAUCUAAGCACACAAGUUUAUUUUUUCCUAUUUCAUUUUUUUUGUUUGGAACAAGUUGCAGAUGGCUAAACUGAUAUCGAUCUAUCUAUGUAUGCUAGAACUAUCCUAGGGGGAAGAAGGAAAACGGUUGGGCAAGUUAUGUUUCUUUUGGUUGUUAUGUGUGCUGAUGUGUUAUUGAACAAUAAUUUUGCUCCAUAUAUAUCAACUGGUUUUCUUUGUGUGCCAUGGAUUUUUUGUUAUAUGAUGUAAGGAAGUGGUUAAGUACCAUACAUGGGC